AUGCACUACGAUCACUUGCUCAAGCUGCUGCUCAUCGGUGAUAGCGGCGUUGGGAAGAGUUGCUUGCUGUUGAGAUUUAGCGACGAUCAGUUCACGACGAGCUUCAUCACGACGAUCGGGAUUGAUUUUAAGAUUAAAACGGUGGAAAUCGAUGGGAAGCGGGUGAAGCUGCAGAUUUGGGACACCGCCGGACAGGAGCGCUUUAGGACGAUUACGACGGCGUAUUAUCGCGGCGCGAUGGGGAUUUUACUCGUGUAUGAUGUGUCGGAUGAGAAGAGCUUUGAAAACGUGCGCGGGUGGAUGCGAAAUAUUGAGCAGCACGCAAGCUCGAGUGUGAACAAGAUUUUGAUCGGGAACAAGUGCGACGUGUCGGAGGAGAAGCGGGCGAUUACGAAGGCUCGCGGGCAGGCGUUGGCAGAUGAAUUCGGGAUUCCGUUCUUCGAAACGAGCGCCAAGGCGAGCGUGAACGUGGAGGACGCAUUCAUGACAAUCGCGGGCGAUAUUAAGACUCGAUUGACUCGGUUGACUCGGUUGACGGGCUCGAAGGGGGCGAUCUCUGCCGGCGGAAUCAACCUCGGCACCAAGGCGCCGAGCGAAAAGUCCAAGUGUUGCUCCUAA